AGUACAAUAUUCCUUUUCUGUCUGUUUAAACGAACUUUUUCAGCAGACAUAUCCAGCUUGGGAAAAUGUCUCUCAGAAAGCUCUAAAGUUAUCAAACCAGUUGAAAGGGACGAUACUUUGUUUCAAUGCCUUUUUUGAUGCUGUACAAUCUGUUGGUGAUGCUGCAAACAAUUUAAAGGGUGCCACUCGAGAUAUGGGGGCGUGCUUGACACGUAUGUGUAUGCGUCAGCGGUCAGUGGGAUAUCAGUUACGAGCUUUUGCUGAUGCAUUAACUGACGAGCUUGUUGUAGCAGUUCAGAAUAAGUGCGGCUACUGGAAGCAGAGGACUACAGAGAUGGAUCGACGUGCAUCUAAGUUUUGUCGUAAGACACGAUCCCGCAAAGGUGGUAUAGAUUCAGCCUCACUUACUGAACAGAGACGAAUCUGCCGCUCUCUUCUAACUGAGCAACGAAACCAAUUGUCAUUUUUUGUAUCUGCGUUGUUACCUGUUUUCAAUAGUGAAUUAUGCAUCUUGGAUGAGGGGGCACACGUUCGCCAAAUCACCGAACAUCUGCAGCACACAGCACGUGCAUUAGAUUCAUCAGCUGUUGUUGAUACAAUACUAGAUGACAUUCAUCAAGGUUCCGAUUAUUCCUGGCAGAGUUGCAUUUCAUCUAAUGUUAGCAGAGCUUCCCAUAACUGUUUGCCUGACGAGACAUCUACACGCGUUUCUUCUCCGACUCCAAGCACCUUUACAUGGCCUUCAGCCGUCGAAAAUUCAUGUCCUCGAACUGCGGCUUUUGUUGGAUCUCAUACAAUUUCUGUAGUCGAAGCUCCGAGAAGAGGAACAGUUAACGCUAAUUUAUUUUCGCCGCCGUCACCGAAUUUAUUUUUGAAAAAACCUUUGCUGCCCAAAAGAACGGCUUCAACUUCUUCUACUUCUUCCAAUAUUCCAGAUUUUAGCGAACCGCUUCCUGAUCAAAUCCAAGUUCCUAUGACAUACCAGAACGGCGGGUCGCAAUACGCAUCUUCAACAAGUUUGUCACGCGAUUCAACUCUAAGACGUCCACAGCGUCCAUCAAGCUUUGUAUAUGAUGAUUCUUCUGGCACCUUGCGUAUUUUAGCGGCUAAAGGGAAGAUUCAAACUAGUUCAGAAAAGGACAGUAUAGUUCCCUGUGAUGCUUCAUUUGAAUCGAGUUCCCUUAUUGCUCAAACAAUUCAACAAAUUGACAAAUUGGGCUCUGAAUUAGAUUCAUACUGCAGUGCUCCACCGCAGGGAACAGUUCAAACUCACGUUCGUCUCCGUUCUGCUAGUAACUGCAGACCACCUCCUCCACCGGAACGUAGAAAUUCAACAAUAACUGCUGCAACUCCAACUGCUCCGUCGGUGGCGGAAAUUCGUGCUACAAGUGCCGCACCUUCAGAAUAUGCAGUUUCUUUAGAAUCGUCUAGUGAACUUGCACGGGGUCAUUAUGCAGCCUUUCGCUUUCCGUAA